GCCGAGAGGAAAGGAUGCUGCGGAGGACAGCGCCACCUACGUCCCGCCUCCGCCUCCGGGAGCGAGAAGGGAGCAGCAGGAGAAGCGCCGGGACUCAGGGAGAGCUUUUAUAAGGAGGCCAGAGCCGGGAGCAGGCAGCCAGGCAGACCCUCUCCGGCGGCUGCAGCAGCCACUCAGCUCUCCGGGGCGCCUCCGGGAGGGCAGCCCCAACGCCCCCAAAGCGGCUUUCUCCCCAGCGAGGAGGAGGCAGAUGCUCGGAGUUGUCCGGAGGCUGCAGACUCUGCUCAGCGACUCAGAGGCUGUUUGAGGGCAAGACCCUUGCCCUGUCCCUCUCCUCUCCUCCUUCCCUCUCUUUUGCCCUUCGCCUCCUGCAGAGAGAGGAGGAGAACUCUCCUGGGAAAGAGCCCCUUUCGCCUUUUGCUGCUGCUGCUGCUGCUGGAAACCUCCUUCUGGUCCCAUCCCUCCGGAGCCCCAGGAUGCAGUUUCGCCUCUUCUCCUUCGCCUUGAUCGUCCUGAACUGUAUGGAUUACAGCCACUGCCAAAGCAGCCGAUGGAGACGCAGCAAGAGAGGAAGACCUGCAAAUAGAAGUGUGUGCCAGAGAUCUAGAGUUAUCCUGGAUAACCUAUCUACAUGUACAGCCAACUAUGGACCAAAUCCAAUUUGCAAAGGUUGCUUGUCUUGCUCAAAGGACAAUGGAUGCAUCAGAUGUCAGCACAAGUUGUUCUUCUUUCUACGAAGAGAAGGAAUGAGACAAUAUGGGGAGUGCUUGAAUUCCUGCCCUUCAGGGUACUAUGGUCUCCGGGCUCCAGACAUGAACAGAUGUUCAAGAUGCAGAAUAGAGAACUGUGAUUCUUGUUUUAGUCGAGACUUUUGCACCAAGUGCAAACCUGGGUUUUAUCUCUACCGAGGCCGUUGCUUUGGAGAAUGCCCUGAUGGCUUCAUGCCUUUAGAGGAGACUAUGGAAUGUGUGGAAGGCUGUGAAGUAGGCCCAUGGAGCGAGUGGGGAACUUGCAGCAGGAACAACAAGACAUGUGGAUUUAAGUGGGGUUUGGAAACAAGAACAAGGCAAAUUGUGAAAAAGCCAGCAAAGGACACUUUGCCCUGCCCAACCAUUGCAGAGUCCAGAAGAUGUAAAAUGGCCCUGAGGCACUGUCCAGGAGGCAAGAGGACACCAAAGGCAAAGGACAAGAAAAAGAAGAAAAAGAAUUUAAUGGAAAGAGCCCAGAAGCAGCAUAGCCUCUUCUUAGCUACAGACUGAGUUAGUCAAUAAGAGACUUGCAUUUUCUGCCUAUACAAAUGGCGCAUGCAUAUAUAUAUAUAUAUAUAUAUAUAUGUGUGUGUGUGUGUGUGUGUGUUCAUAUUUUUGCAAAAUGCACAGAAGCUGCUACCGGCUCCUGCACACAGAUGCACUGCAAUUCAGCUGCUUAGUUGCAAAUAACUUGUGGGGGGUGGGCUAGGGGAUGAGGGAGAGAAAGAGAAUGUCAACAAGCUUGUUUGUGUUAUUUAUACUUUUAUUGUUAUUUGUUUUUUUUUGUUGUCCCCCCCCCAAAAAAAAAAACCUGGAGACAUCCAGGGGUAGAAAAGCACACUGAGUUGAAUCAGUGGAUUUGCAUCCCAUCUGCCUUCUCCCCAAUGUAAAAGCAUUUUUGAUUUGCUUUGUUUUGCUUUUGCUUUUGUUUUAGCUCAGUGCCUGCACGAUAGAGACAGCCAAUGUCUUAGCCUAAAACUUUGCAGCAGGAGCAUUGAGGCUGCAAAAAAAUUGCAGUUGUUUAACAGACUUGUGCAUAUUUAUAUAAGGAAAGGAGGCCAGGGAGUUAGGAUUGCAUUUAUGACCUUUGUUUCUCGUAUUGUAAAUUUUCAAGAAUAAAUAACACUAAGCAGAUAUUCAUAGAUAAUGUUCUUUGUCCUCAGCACCUGUUAUAUUGGAACAAUUGUAUAGUCAAACUGCUCUUAACUGAUAUGUUGCAGGAGUUGCUGCUUAGCAUUUCAGGAGCACAGCAAUUCCCAUGUGUCUACAUAUAAAUAAACCUAUUUACAAUAUAAGUGUGUCUGCUUUCUUCCAUGAAGCUCAUAUUUCAUUUUCUGUUAUAUGUCACUUUGAUUCUAGGAGAGGAUGCAUAUUUGGGGGCAUAGGGACAUAAUGUAAGGGUCAGCAAGGUGUUCGGGGAGUCAAAUUGUAGAAGAAUAUUUAUCAUAUGAAAUCUCUUCUGAUUGAAAUCUGUUUGGCCUGUUGCUGUUCCUCUCUUUGGAUUGUUUUCCAAAGAGGUGAACAACUGAGAAUGAUCAAGGUCCAAACAUCAGGCCAAACUGCAUAAUCAGAUCUCCUUUGGUUAUACAAUCAUAGGGCCAAACAGACAUGGAGCCAAACUACAGUUAAAGGCAGCUUGGAUGAUGCAUGCAUUGGAUCAGAGCAAAGGUGUCAAAGAAAGAGAAAUUCAGAGAUACAACUAUGUUAGUCUGGAAUAUCAGUAAGCAAAUGGAAUUUGCAGCACCUUUGAGACUAACAGUCCAAAAGAAUUUUAUGUAUGCCAUAUUGUAGGAAAUGCAACAUUGCUCAUCACAUAAAGAUUUAAAGAUCUCUAAGAGCAGUAGU